AUGGAGGGCACCCAGAUGAGCGCAGAAGUGCUUCAGCAGCUCUACCAGAACGACAUGCAGCAACAUCUCAGCCCCGAGAUGCAGCAGCAAGUUCAGAUGCAGCAGCAGAUGCAGUGGCAGCAGAUGCAAAUGCAAGGAGAGGGGAACCAGGGAGGUGACUACGAGGGUGCCUAUGACUACGGGCAAUCGGAUUCCAGGGAAGACGAUGCCCAAGGUGAUGGUCAGUAUGGCCGGGAGUACCACAGCCAGGAACAAGAGAAGUACUCGGAGGAUUACCAGGCAGAGGGCGAAGACGAGAUGACGGACCAGAUGCACCAGCAACUGCAACAGCGAAUGCAGGCACAAAUGCAGCAGCACAUGCAGCAGCAGAUUCAAGCAAGGAUGCAGCAACACCUACAACAUCACAUGCAGAACCAGCAAAACCAGCACAUGCAGAACCCUAACAUGCAACAGCAGCAUAUGCAACACGAACAGCACAACCAAACACCUCAGCCUCCUGAGCCCCCACGGCAGAACCAGAAUCCGCUGACCGGAGCUCCGUACACCCCUCGCUUCUACUACCUCCUGGAAAAGCGGCAGAGACUGCCGGCCUGGAUGGCGAGGCAAGAUUUCCUGAAGCUUAUGCAAGCGAACCAAGUCCUGGUGCUUGUGGGGGAACCCGGCUCCGGCAAGACCACACAGCUGCCGCAGAUCCUCCUCGAUGCCGGCUACCACGUUCAGAUGGGCCAGGUCCGGGCAAUUUGCUGCGUGCAGCCUACCCCCUUGGCGACGUUGAGCGCCUCACUUCGAAUAUGCGAGGAACUGGAGGUGCAGGUGGGAACUUUCGUCGGCCACGUGACCCGGUUCGAGGACCGCACAUCAGCGGACACGCUCCUGCGCUUCCUCACAGACGAGGCGCUCUUCCGGGAGGCCAUGGAGGACCCACUGUUGGAGAGGUAUAGCGUCAUCAUCUUGGACGAGGUCCACCAGAGGACAUGCGAACUAGAUGUACUCAUGGGCAUCCUGAAGAUGGUGAUGCAAAGACGGCCAGAGCUGAAGCUCCUUUUGCUGUCUUCCUCCAUGGAGGUGAAGAAGGUCCAGGCCUACUUCGAGGGAGGUGCCCCGCUGCUGCAGAUCCCUAAUCGAACAUUUGCGGUCGAGGUUUUCCACUGUCAGGAUGCUGAGAAGGAUUAUCUGAAGGCUGCCGUUCGGACGGUAGCUCAGGUUCACACCACGGAACCUGAGGGCGACAUUCUCUUGUUCCUGCCACUGGAAGAUGAGAUCGACUUGGCGUGCCAGCUGCUUCGGAAGGAGUCGGUGCACAUGAUGAACUUUGGGGAUUUGCAGGUUCGGGCACUCUAUGUCGGGCUUCCGAUUAUGGAGACGCAGAGGGUCUUCGACCAAACCGCGCAGAUGAGGAUGACAGCUGGCAAGCCAUGCAGGAAGGUCGUGGUUGCAAGCGCCAUAGCAGAGACAUCCCUGGCUGUAGAUGGGAUCACCUAUGUGAUCGAUGCAGGCCUUGUGAAGCAGCGGGCCUACAACCCGCGAACGAGGAUGGAGGUGAACGUGGUGACUCCUAUCUCCAAGUCUUCAGCACUGCAGCGAACAACCCUCGCAGGCCGCCAGCGCCCGGGAAAGUGCUUUCGCCUCUACCCAGAGCAGGCCUCUAGCGACUGGCCAGAGAAAGUCUAUCCCGAGAUCAUGAGAUCGAAUCUCACCACCGUAGUGCUCAUGUUGAAGCGCUUGGGCUUUGACGAUGUGGUCCACUUUGAUUUUGUGGACCCGCCAUCCCCAGAAGCGCUGAUGAGGGCACUGGAGACUUUGAACUUCUUGGGAUGCAUCGACGACAAUGGGAACAUCACGGAGGUUGGCAACCAAGCGUGCAGGCUUCCAGUGGACCCACAGAUAGCCAAGAUGCUCAUCGAGGCGCCGCAGCACCGAUGUAGUAAUGAGGCAUUGUCCAUAGCGGCAAUGCUUUGCUCACUUCCUGUUUGGCUCAGACCCAACGACGCCUUUCGCGCAGCGAACGAGGCCAAAGCCAGGUUUGCCCACAUGGAUGGAGACCACCUGACCUUGCUAAAUGUUUUCCAUGCCUACAAGCAGCAGAUUCAGGACGGCCACGAUCCGUCCAGGUUUUGCGCGGAGAACUUCAUCUCCAUCCGGGCGAUGCGCCAUGCGGAAGUGGCCCGCGACCAUCUGAAAAGGAUCAUGGAGAGCAUCGGGCUGCAAAUGAUCAGCACUGACUUCCAGGACAAGGAGUACUAUCCCAACAUCCGGAGAUGUCUCGUGUCCGGGUUUUUCAUGCAGAUUGCCUGCCUGGAGAGCGAAAAGCGGGGUGCAUACAGCAUGCUGAGAGAGGGUCAGGAAGUGAUGCUGCACCCAUCGACAUCGCUUGGGCACCGACCGGAGUGGCUUGUCUUCCACGAGCUGGCUUUGUCUUCGAAGCUCUUCGUCAAGACAGGCACGCAAAUCAAGCCAGAGUGGCUGGUCGACAUCGCGCCCAGGGGUUAUUUCGAUCCCCAGAAGAUCUCGGAGAAGAGCUCUGCAAGAGGGAAAAUGGAGAAGCUGAUGGCUCGGCGUCAGGGCCAAGAUGGCUAG